CUUUUAAUUAAUUCUCCGAAGAAACCUAAUCCAUUCUCCUCUUUCACUUUCUUCCUUGCUGGUGAAAUCCCUAUUCGCCGGCAACAGAAAUGGCCAAGUCAAAGAAUCACACAGCUCACAAUCAGUCGUAUAAGGCACACAGGAAUGGAAUCAAGAAACCCAGAAAGAAUCGUCACAGUUCAACCAAAGGGAUGGAUCCCAAGUUUUUGAGAAACCAGAGCUAUACUAGUUAA